GGGUGGUCAUGUGACUAACGCGGAAGUGAGACAUCAGUAGCAACACAACAUUGCUAAGUGAACACUUUUCAUGAUAAUUCGGUGUGAUUUUGGUGGUUUUCGUCCACACAUGACAACAUGGUUCGGUGUUUCCUGAUCCACACCGUGUGUCCGGUCAGUGCUCUGUCUGCUGGGGAGAGCAGGGUCCUCUACUCCCGCUUCUUCGGUCCAGAUGAAGGAGUCCUGGCCGAGCAGCAGCGGGAGCUCAGCCCGGAGGAGAGGCGACUUCUGCAGGUGGAGAAAGCAGCGGUGGUGGCCAGGCAGGUGAGGAGCGCCGUCUCUCUGUCCCGGGAGGCUUCAGGCCGGCAGCUGGUGGAGGCGGUGCCUGGCGAGGAGGCUCUGGCCCUGCAGGAGGCCAACAGCGGAGUGGUGCGUCUGAGAGCCGGGGACCCCUUCUCUGAUGAGAUGAGCGCUCUGUGGCUGGGUGUCCAGAGCCUGGGCUUCACGCUCGUCUGCGAGCCCCACGAGAACCUGCUGCUGGCCGAGGGAACCCUCCGCAACCUGACCCGACACUGCCUGGAGCACCUGCACAUGCUGGGGCAGGGGAGCGAGGUCCUGCUGAGGAGCAACCGUAUCGAUGCUCUGCUCAGCCGCCUGCUUCCUCACGGCCAGCUCCUCUUCCUCAACCACCGCUUCGCCCAGAGUCUAGAGAAGGAGGUAGCAGCCUACAUGGCCAAGUGAACCAUUAGUGGCCGUACAGGCGGCCAUUUUGAGGUCACUUCUAUCGCCUCAGUCUACGGUCUUGACGUCCAGUCCUAAGCUGGAUCACUGUGAGCUGUCUCUGCCGGCUUUCAAACAAACAAGUUGACUCUUGUUUACCUUUGGUGACAUUUCUGUGGUGGCAGAGGGAGAACGGACCACUGGCAGCUGCUGUUUCAGAUUGCACGAGGUGGUAAACACACAGAGUGGUAAAUAUCUCCCUCAGCCACUUGCAGCUCACUGUUGACUGUUUACUGUGUGGGAGGCUUCAGUUCAAAUCCUGUUUGUCAAAUUGAAGAGUGGAAAGGAAAAUGUGGCAGAUUAAAGAGUGCAGCUGAAGAGGCCAGUUAAAAACCUACUUAUCAGCAUCAAAGGCUGCUAUUUAUCUAAUUCACCAUACUCAAAAUGUCACUGUGUGACCUUGAGCAACCAGACUUCACCUGUGUUUUUGACAAUUCUGGCAUUGUAACUCAAUCUCAAAGUGCCUUAUCAUGACUUCUAAUGGCGCUUUUGUUCCUGAGGAGUAGGAGGAAACCAGAUUGGGAUGUUUUUUGGGGGUUGGGGUUCGGGGGGGGGUAUGAUUCAUCUCAUAGUAACAAAACAGCAGAAAUGGAGCAAAUAAAAAUCAAAGUCAAACCUGUUUAAUGUCAUUUUGAACCAAAAAUGUCAGAAUUCUUGAGACACUGAGGACAAUGAAGACGGCAGGAGAUGACAUGAAAUAUUAUGAAACCACAAUGAAUGAAUGCAGAGAUGUUGGCAUGCAGGAUACACAACAAAACAGGAAAUGAUGACAAGGACAAAAAUGGAAACAUCCAGACACAACAGAUAACUAAUGUGUUCCCAUAUCUUUUGAACAUCUGUCGUACCUCCGACUGCAUCUCCCCAUGAAACCAGACCUCUCCUGCUCCUCCUGUUGCCCCAAUAAAAGCCUCUUAAACUGCAGGUUUUGGGUUGGCAACCAAAUCCAAAACUAAAGCAGCGAUUUUCAAGGAGAGGAAAAAAAUCUGUCUGGUUGCCAGCAUCAAUUGCUUUGAUCUUCUCUAUUUUUCUGUAUUAAAAAAUAAAACUAAUUUCUAGUAUUACCCAAGGCGGUUUUCUUUGAAAUUCAUGUUCUCUGCAAUCAAGGACACACAACGCGGUUUUCCAAAAACAAGGCACAAGGGAUUGAACAUUAAAAGUGACAAAACACACGAGAAGGAUUUGGAGGUUGUGUACCUCUCAGGGAACGAAGAACACAAACUCACAGUCAGCUGGGUAAAAACACCUGUGAACUGAAUAACACAACUAAAUCAGGUAACCAGGGAGGUCCACUGUAAGGCCAGCAGAGGGCGCUGUUGUUCAUGUGAGUUUCAGUGCAGUGAAGGUCAGAGAUAAACCUGGAUUCAUUGUAUAGUGUGUUGCCAAAAGUAUGUACACACCUCUGCUUUUGUGCGUGCGUUCAUGUGUUUUGGGUGGGAUACUUAGUUCCAAUGAAGGAAAUCUUUUCUAAUCAUAUUGGAUAUACCAAAGGCACACACAAAUCCAAAGAACUUAAUGAUUUAAAGAAGGGAAGUCUUUAUGCUGCAGCCUACAGUGAUAUCUUAGACAUUAGUGUCUAAGAUAUCAGGCCCCUCUUUUUUUCAAUCUUCAAACCAGCUCCACAAAGAAACAGUUUUCUUAAUUUAGCUCAGAAUAACUUGACAAAGCUCUGACCUCACCCUCCAUCCAACACCUUUGGGAUGAACCGGCUCGUUGACUGUGAGCCAGACCUCAUCACCCAACAUCAGUGACCGACUUUAUGAAUAAAACAAAGCCUGGGAGCUGGUUCAGGCGCUCACAUGGAAUACUUUUCUCUCUGGAAGAUACAUCCAGUCGGACCCUUUUCAUUAGGUUGGUUUACUUAAGCCGUCAGCACACCUGCUGCUACAUCAUGAUUCUAGUUGUGGUCCAGUUUGCAGCUUAUAUCCAUCACAAGUUUGAUGUAGAAACCUUUAGCACACAUACACUGAAAAAGGGCUUUUCAGUGAAUCAGUGAAACUUUGUUGUCCAGAUUUUAAAUGAAAGAUAUACACUGUAUAGAUAAAAAAUAAGUAAGUAAGUGUGUGAAUUUCUAACUGAGUAAGUGAAUUUAUUUGGAAAAAAUGAUACUUUUUCAAAUCUGAGUAUUUUAUAUGUCUUAAAACAUGUCUACAGGCUGACUUCUUUCCUCUCAUAUACAAACUAACUGAUUGAGUUAGUUUGCAUAUGUACUUAAGUCAUAAGCUGUUGGUUUUUGCUGUUAUUUGAUUGUUCCUCUUCUCUCUGUCUUUUCAUUUGUGUACUGUCUGUUGUCUAUGUCCUCAUUUUGUUUGCCUAUUCUUGUUUCUUUUCCACAUUUAUUGUUAAUCCAACGAACAAAAUAAAUAUAAUAUAAAUCCCA